CGCAGAUUACAAGAGGAGUUUCAAGGUUGCGCGCGCUCGCGAACGCGAAAGUGGAGGAGACAUAGAAAAUUGAUUAGACAUUGAAGUUCGUUGUUCGAGCUUUCCUUUGCUCUAAUCGUUAUGGCGAAGCGCGAGCUUUCCAAUACAUUAAGGAACUUGAAGUUCAUGCAAAGGGCGGGUCAGAGAGAGGAGCAACCUAAGAAAGAGGAAGAAGUAAAGACUGAUGAGAAUUUCUUUCCUUCGAGUACUAUAAUUAGAAAGUGUGUGGUUUUAGUUGAAGGAUAUCCUCAUCCAGGCGCUUUUAAAGGUCGAAUGUCAUUUCAAAGCUUUAAUCCUUCAAUUGAUAGACUCAAUGAAGAAGUAGCUAGCUUAGGCCAGCAUGAAAUUCCUGGCUCUUCAUCUGGAAAUCACAGUGGAAACCUUUCAUCAAGACAAAAAUUUUUGUUCCCCAGAGAUAAUGGAUCUUCACAAAAUGAAGUCUUGUGCUCAAACAUUGAUGAAAAAAAUUGUGAGGCUAAUGAGGACCUUAAAAGGAAACAAUCUGAAGUAGUUUCUGAUGGACGGCAUCCAACUAAGUUUCCAAGAAGUGGUCGGGACAACCAGCAAUCAUCAUUUAGUCAUGGUAAAGGACCUUCCAAAAAACCGAAGGGUGAAAAGCUGGACUGGAAUGUUCUUAGGCCCUCCAAGACUCCCAAUAAGAGUGGAUAACCGUGUGUAGGAGAGUCCUUAGAUGGGUGGAGAAUCCAGUUCCUAUGCUCUUUGUAUUGAUUUCUUGCCAUAUUUUGUAGUUAUAUAGGACUGUUCAGAGUUCCGUGAUCAAUUUAUUGGAUGCGUCAUUUAACGUCUCUUAUCUAAAACAAAUUAGAUGUUACACAUGUACCACCUCAUUCCAGUUCCUUAAUUCAUACAUUCCUGUACUCUGAUCAAGAAUGAAGCUCAAUGCUUGGAAUAUUGUCUGUUUUUGUAAGAAACUAGAUAUCUGGAAGAUUCUUUUGUAUUGCAAAUGGAAAAUAGAUUCUACAAA